AUGGGCCUCCAGAAGCGGCUCUUCGGGGUGCCGAAGCUCGAGGACGCCAACCUCGCCGGCACCAAAGAGGGCCAUAGCUGCACUCUGAUCCUCACGGAGGGCGACUCCGCCAAGGCGCUGGCUGUGGCGGGGCUGUCGGUGGUGGGCCGCGACCGUUUCGGGGUUUUCCCGCUGCGUGGCAAGCUACGCAACGUCCGGGAGCUCUCGGUGAAGCAGAUGCUGGAGAACAAGGAGAUCGACCAGGUCCUGAAGAUCUUGGCCUUGGAUGCCAACAAGGAGUACCGUGAUGCCAAGGGCCUGAGAUACGGUUCCAUCAUGAUCAUGACGGACCAGGACCAUGACGGCUCGCACAUCAAGGGCCUUAUCAUCAACUUUAUCCAGCACUGGUUCCCCUCGCUCCUCAGGAUGCCUGGCUUCUUGAAGGAGUUCGUGACGCCCAUCGUGAAGGUGUCCAAGGGCGACCAGAGCAAAACCUUUUUCACUCUGCCGGAGUACGAAGCCUGGAAGGAGGCCAACAACAACGGUCAGGGAUGGAAGGUCAAGUACUACAAAGGUUUGGGAACAAGCACCAGCGCAGAAGCCAGGGAGUACUUUGCAGACAUCGAUGACCACGAGAUCCGCUUCACCUAUUCAGGAAACCGGGAUGACGACCUCAUCGACAUGGCCUUCGCAGCAAAGCGGUCCGAUGAGCGCAAGACCUGGAUCUCUCAGGUGGAGGACGGCACUUUCGUGGACCACUCCCAGCCCACCCUCAGCUACACGGACUUCAUUGAGAAGGAGCUGUCGCUCUUCGCCAAGUAUGAUGUGGAGCGCGCCGUGCCCAGCAUGGUGGACGGGCUGAAGCCUGGACAGCGCAAGGUCCUCUUCGGUUGCUUCAAGAAGAAGCUCAGCUCCGAGAUCAAGGUGGCGCAGCUCUCAGGGUACGUAGCCGAGAACAGCGCCUAUCAUCAUGGGGAGGCGUCCCUGCAGGGCACCAUCAUCGGCAUGGCCCAGACCUUCGUGGGCAGCAACAACAUCAACCUCCUGGAGCCUCGGGGACAGUUUGGCUCCCGACUGCAGGGCGGCAAGGAUCAUGCUGCCUCCCGUUACAUCUUCACCUGCCUGUCGAAGGCACGGGUGGCUUCCGCAGAAGCAUCGAUGCGGGCGGACUUCUUGCCCGAGCGUGUGGAGCGGUUGCUUCACUGGGUGGAUGCCUCCCCUCAGCGUGGACUCAGCCGCGGAGCGAUCUUCACGGCUUGGCGCCGGUGGCAGUUGGGGCGGCCCUGCUGCCUCCUGUGCCGCUCGAGCUGCCAACAAGCGAUCGGCCAGGUGAACCUGGUGUUGCGGGCUGAGUUCAACUCGUACUUGGAGGACGCCGAUGCCCUGAGCACCUACUCCUUUCGCAGGGUGGCACCAACGCUUGGCUCACUUCUCAAGUUCUCCGGCACGGAGCUUUGUGCCCUUGGUGACUGGCAGGACCGCAGCCAAUUGGGCGAGGAGUCUCGCAUGCCCAUGCACUACUCCGGCGCUCGCUACUUGCUGAGUUUCAAGCAGAAGUUCGUAGCCCUGCCGGUGGCUGCGGCUAAGCGCAAGGCGGAGCUGUCCGUGAUCCAGGACAUGCCGGACUCCAUCAACGGCAUCAUGAUGUCAGCCUUCAUGCGCAAUGGUCGCCGACUUUGCGGCCCCUUCCAGCUGGACGCAUGCAAGGAAGGCGAGGAGGUGUGCGGUCGGGCGCAUCUGUGCGCUGUCCUCCAGACGGGCCGGGUCUGUGGCGGGCGCCAUCAUGGGCAGGACUGCAAAGCCAAGCGGGUGGUCCGGGCCUCUUCGGUUGCGGAGGGCAAGCAUACAGCACCCCCGGCGCUGCCUGUGGUGGAGUCGGCGCGCGGCAGCAAGCGGCCCCGGCCCAAGCAGCAGGCGGCCAAGUUGGUGGACAGGAGCGGGCAGCUGCCCACGAUCAAGCGGGCUCGGCAGCAGGAGCCGUCUUCAGCCUCCCGAGCGCCACCUGUGCCUGUCGAGGAGGCACCUCGGCCGGGACGAGGAGGUGAGUCGGCAAGACAGGAUCAGCACUUCGAUGACCUCGCGCGCCAGGGCCGGAAGGACAACUUGGGCGACUUCCCGGCGGUGGCCUUGCAGGUGACGGCUUUCAAGCAGAAGCCGCAGGAGCGAGGAGGCUUGGUGUUGCCUGGCGUGAUGCAGGUGCUGCUGCGCUGCAUGGCGGGUCGCCAUCGCGCUGCCGCGUUGGCGGUGCUGGUGCGAGCCUUGUUCGAGAACAUCUCCUUGGAGGAGUCAGCGCAGCGGAUCAGCAGACUGCGGCACAUCGGCUCUAUGCGACCCGGAGGCCCGAGUUUCAUAUGGUAG